AUGUUUAUCAAAGCCGGGCCCGUGGCCGCUGAAGAUGAGCGCCGUGGCUCGGUUUCAAAUUGGUUUUCUUCAUUGAGACGAGGAGGUCGGCGUAAACGCGAAGAGAAUGGAGUACCAUCAAAUUAUGGGUCUUUGGGAAGACGAAAGGAUGGUACUCAAUCGCGCGGCAAAACGAGAUCUGCGUGGGAUUUAACAACGGUCACAAGAAUGGUCUGUAUUUUGAUAUUAUUUAGAUUAUUAAAGGCGAAAGUUAAGCUUCACUAG